CAAAAGUCUUGUGAGACCAGUGACCAACACUCAUUUAGAAGGAAUGCAGGAAAGUUACAUUAGAAAAAAAAAAGAUAGAUGCACAAACAUCUGCAUAGUUCACUGAGAAAGAUGAUGAAAUGUUACUGCAGCACAUAUAAAUACUACACAAAAAACACUACUGUAGUACAUCUGUCUUUAAUUUUUCAGAUCAUUAGGUAUGUGUGUGUAAUGCUGGAUCCUUCCUCCUGGAUAUGGAGUCUCUCUCUCUCUCUCACUUUGGUGUUCACACAGAGUUGCUAGUCAGAUGCAUUUAAAAUGAACACUUUCACCUCCCUCUCUCUCUCUCUCUCUCUCUCUCUCUCACUCACACACACACACACACACACACACACAACAUCCAUCUCCACCCUCCUUUUCCCAGUGGACAAAUGUGGACGUAAAAGUAUUUGAGCAAAUCCUACAUCUGGUUGGCUGUUUACUCCCUCAUAUACUUACACACGCAGAGAAUUGUCUCCACUUCCAAAAUGGAAAAGUCUGCUGGGGGCUAAGCAAGCUUUCUUUGGCUCGGUUUUCAGCGUGAAACGUGUGCCAGGGGUUUAGCAACACCUCGGAGAGACUGAAGACUUUUUGCACCGGAAACUGAAAGAACUUCAGAACUCCCGUUCCUGAAUCAUCCUGCAUAAUCAACGCCAUGGAAACAGAAUCUACCUAUAACCUGACUGCACCCACUGUGUCUUUGUUGCACCAUAACUUGACAAACUCAUGUGACUACAUAUCCACCUCAGCCUCGCAGUACCAGAAGAAAGUGAUCCCCACUUUGUACAGCCUCAUUUUCCUGCUAGGUUUUCUUGGUAACAUGCUGGUGGUGUGCGUGUUGUAUCACAGUUCAGGCCGAAGGACGGUAGCCAACACGUAUCUGAUGAAUCUAGCCAUGUCGGACUUGCUGUUCCUGAGCUCUUUGCCAUUCUGGGCUGUUUACUAUUCGCUGGAUUACAACUGGGUUUUUGGGAAGGUCAUGUGUAAGCUGUGUGGAGGUCUGGUAACGAUAAACGUCUACGCUAGUAUAUUUUUCAUCACCUGUAUGAGUGUGGAUCGAUAUCAUGCCAUCGUCUACCCACUGCACUCUCAGAGCAGCAGGAGCAUAAAUCAGGCCAGAUGUGUCAGUGGCAUCAUUUGGGUCGUGGCGGCUUUGACGACAUUGCCGACAGUUGUGUUCCGUGACAUACACACUUUUCCCAGUAACAACGUUACGGCUUGUGUCAUUUAUUUCCCCAACUCCUACUGGCAGAACACUCUGACUCUUGGAAAGAACACCCUGGGAUUCUUCUUGCCAUUUGUCGUCAUUGCAACCUGCUACAGCCGAAUCGCCGUGCACCUUCUGGCAACCCCAAACUACUUGGAGCAAGGCUCCACCCGACUGGUCCAUGUGUUGCGUAUGGUGGUCGCUGUAGUAUUGGCGUUUUUCUUUUGCUGGUUCCCAUUCCACGUUCUGGCGUUCCUCGGAGCUCUGGGGGAGCUGGGUGUGGAUUUGGAUUGCUGGGUGCUUCAAGUGAUCCAUAAACUCCUGCCUUUCUUCCUCUGCCUCGGCUUUUCCAACUCUGCCAUAAACCCGUUCCUGUACUGUUUUGUGGGAAAUCACUUCCGAGAGAAGCUGUGGCAGUUUUACGGGGAUAUGCUGACGCAGAAAAGAGAUUCCAUCAGCACAAGACUGUCUUCCUUCUCCAGGAAACUGAGUGACCUCAAAGAAACCGUGCCUAUGGAGAUUCUUGAGCAGCAGAGCAGCGCGUAGUGGAAUCUGGUGAAUCUACAACCUUAUAACUGCAGAGGACCGUGUCGGUGUCGGUCAAGUGCUUUUCCAUGGACUGCCACUUGUUUGGGAUGAUCAGUUCAGAUGUUGUUGUUGGUUGCUAUAAUUGUGUUUGUGUCGCUGUGUCUUGUUUCUAAUUACGCAGUGGUUUUGAUUAGCUCCAGCAUCUAUAAACAACAUUUGGUUACAUAUCAAUGUGUAGAAAUAUAGCCCACAUAUUAUUCUUUGAUCAGACUUUACCCAGGAUGAGGACUUUUCUGCACAAAUCAUAGAUAAUAAAAAUAAAAAUAAAAAUAAAGGUUUUUGAUUACAGCUGUACAGUCUUAAUAUUUGGAUUACUGGUAAUAUCAGAGUUGUAAAUAACACUCAAAUGUUAGACAAUGUUAAUCAUGUCUUAUAUGGCUGAAAUCUGCCAGACAGACUAAAACUUAUCUUUUAACUGUAAUAUACAAAGUCACAAAAAUGCAACAUGAGCUGUUAAAAUGAUAAAUCAUUGUAAAUUGAAUUAUAAUUCUAUUAUAAUGGAGCAUCAAUAAAUGAUGCAAGUAUA